UGUCAGAUGGUUCCCCCGGAAUACGUCUGUACAUGUACUACAAUAAUAUUUUCUUGUGUUUUUUUCUGUAAUAAUAAAUAAAAAUAACAACUUUGACGGCGCAUCGUGUCAAUUAACAUUCGUAACAUUAACAGAUACUUACCGCGAUAGAGAUUUCAUCACCGCAUCACCAAACGCAGCACACACCGUCAUCAUCAAUAAAAUUUGAAUAAUAGAAUGCGAGAUGACGAGAGAUGACUAAUCAUUUAUUAUUAUACACAUGAAAGAUAAAUAAAAAUAAAAUAAAUUGUGAAUUUUUUGCAAAAUUGCGUAUUAAUUGACAACAGACAUCGCAAAACUACGUUCCUGAUAAUAAUAGUAUUAUACUAUACUCAAUUAUUUUAACAAACGAACGAGAGACGAAACACGGAACGGGAAACCACACCAAAAAACACGCGUUUUUGUAUGAAUUUGCAUUUCUCCAAUGGCACGAGCUGAGUCCACAACACAACAACAUGCACUUCGGACAGCAGAAGGAAUUGACGAUGUCGAAAAAUCAUUGGAGGUACUUGAUAAAGUGUUGUCAGAAUUCGAGGAGGAAACGGAAGGUUCGCCACCGACAGAGCCUGAAAGUCCAUCGCAGGGGCAUCAGUCAGAAGAUGAUGGUUACAUGAGUAUGAAUGGGAGAAGAGCAAAAUUCGUACCUGAUUUUCAACCGACAGCCGAAGUACAAUCGCAACCAGUCAUAAAAUCGACAAUACAAACAUCAAUUACAUCGAUGACGACGACGACGACGCCAACAACCACGACAUCAUCGCCCGUGGAAGAAGGAGAAGCGAAUGACGACGUUCGGCAGGAUGAGCAACAAAAUAUAUUGUCAACAUCAUCAUUAUCGCCUCCUUCGCCUGAAGAGGCGGAGAAAAUUAUUUUAAAUUUGUUACCGAGAAUAUCGCCGACACACACUUCAACGCCACCCAUGGCGCCGCAGAGUGGCGAUGAAACGCUGAAUAAUACAACGGGAGACUGCAGGAAAACGCAGAACAUUUCAUUGGGUGCCAUAUUACUGCCGAACGGCGAAAGUGGUGAGAGUAAAGCGACAAGUUUAGUCUCGAAUACGGUUCCGGAGCAAACGACACUGCCCAAAGCUCGUCCAAUGACCUUGGCACCGGACCAUCGUUACGCAAGUCUUCCAAGUACGAGCCCUCCACGGAUCGCAGACCAAUUUGCCGAUAGCGGAAUCGGCGGCGACACAGAUAGUCUUGGAAGUGGCAGGAAUAUUCUCGGCAUUGGCAUUAGUGCGGUGCAUGAUGCAGUUAUACGGGGCAUGGCAAAGAUGCCAGAAACUAUCGUCAACGAGCAUCCUGUGACAAUUUAUCCAGGCAGGUCAUCGCCAUCACGUCGUGUGCCGCCACGUACACUCCCGGGAUCGAUCGAACGACAUCGUGAAGUGUGCCGCCAGAAUUACAAUGACAAUUCGUCAUCCAAUAACGAAAAGUCAUCGGAAUCAUCGUCAUCCUCGUCAUCGCACACGUCUCCCGAAAAACACGCAUUUUACAUCCAUCAACAAAAACAGCAGCAAAAUGACAAAUUGCCAACUCCAACGACGACGAAAUUCGAUAGUAACGACAUCCAUCUCAUCACCUUCGAUCAAUAUCCGCAAAAAGUGGGCAAACGAAAAAGUUUCGAAAACGACGAAGAUCGAUUUUCCGAAGAUUCGCUCGAGGAAUCGUCGUUGCCGCCGCCACCUCCUCCGCCUGUUAUUCCGCCGCCGCCCAGUUUAUCGGCUCCCGUGACGCCGAGCAAGCGACACAGUGUCGCGUGGGAAAUUAACUUGGAUGACUCCGCCAGCAUCGGUGAACCGCAACCACUCACAAGUAACAAGCAAAUCCUUCGAAGUCGCAGCGGCAAACUCGGAUCUGGUUCGCAAUCCAGCAUCAAUUCGACUCCAGGGCACAGCAGCACGAGUGCGGGCAACAAAAAAUCUGGCGAUUCCAACGAUUGGCCCGAUCCGCCUGACAUUCCCGUGUGCAGCACCGAAGACGAAGCAAAUUCCAUUUAUUCGGACUCGGAUGGCAUUCACAUUCCCGACAUCGACCAGAUCACGGGAAAACCCGAUGGCACCUACGUGAUACGCAAAGGACGCAAACAGAGACAAAGACUGUCGGACCUGGAUAGCAUCAACAGCAGUCAGUACAACAGCAAUGACGACAUUUUGGCGUCAAACGUGCCGAGUCCCGUGUUUCCGGCGUCCAUUAAUAUCCCAAAGAACCGACACAGCAUCGAUUUGGGCGCGUCAUGCGUCAUGAACAAGCUACCGUCGUCGAAGCAACAACGUGUGUUGCCGAACAAGGUACCUGUUCACUCCACGUCGCAUCAUGCCGCACUUAAUUCUGCGAGAUCACGCUUAUCACUUGAUUUGAGUCAUUCGUCGUCGAAGCCCGGCAUCGUCAAGCCGCCACAACAUUUUACAAUCCAAUUUUACACAAAGCCCGUCAAUAACUCGCGCAUCGUAAAAAGCAAAAGUAAUAACAGUAUAAUCUCAUCCUCCCGCAGAUACACGGAAUUCAAAACGUUCGACUCGGCAUUCGAUGGCUUGCAGGCGGCACUCGAGAAGACGAACAACAAUAACAACAACAACAACUAUAAUUGUGGCAUUAACAAAAGUACGAGUAACAAUAAUAUCAAUAACAAUGGCAACAGCAGCGGUGGCGGCGGCGGCGUCGUCGUUGUCGAAAACAAUGCAGCGUCAAGCGGAGGCAAUGCGGGAACAACAACGACGUCGAUUUUGAUCAAUUGCGGCGGAGUCGUGUCAAAUAACGGGACUCCGCAGACGACAGUUAAUAGCAAUAGCAAUAUUAGUUCGGUUUUGCUGAAUUCCACGGGCACGGAGGGCAUGACACCGUUAUCCAGAUCAGCUUCGUUGCCAAUUAAAGUGGCGUCAGCAAAGUCAGACGAUGCAACGACGCCUCGUCGCGAUUUGGCACCUCCAAUUGAGGAAGACGAGGAACAUAGCAGCUUGGAAAUACACGAACGCCCGCCUCCAUUGCAGGAAAUCGAGAAUAAUAUCAGUGCAUUAUUGCGGGGAGACUUGCAGAUGCCACGAGUGAUCGAUGUGGCGAGUCAACGGCGAGCUGGUUUCCGUUUAGGUGUUCACAAGUCAGAAAGUGCCAAAGAAAUGUUGUUACAACAGCCUUCAUUGGGGCCUCUACCGCCGUCGCCUCCUUCGUGUAGUCCUGAACCAGAUAGCGAUGAAUUCCCUCCAUUACCGCCAUCUCCAAGUGAUAAUAUUGUGCAUGGAAUGCACGGCAUCCGGAUUUCGUCUCGUGGACGUCUCAAUAAUUAUCAUGACGAGCCCCCUACAAUACCUCCGCAUGUGCCGCCUCAUAGAGGACCCUCAAUAAACACGCUUAAAACGAGAUCAAUGGACGCUGGCUUCAGUAAAUCGUAUCGAAAUGGUUCGCAUCAUCAACCUCCAGUACCAACACAUCAACCAGGCACAUUACCAUCGGAUUUGCCAGGCAGCAUAAACUCUCGUCGACGAGUUAUUCCUGCCGGAUAUCCUCGGAGAGCCGCUCAAAGUCCCACAAAAGAAGAACGACGCCUUCAAACGUCUUGUAGUCUUCCGGAAACGCCAAUUUUCGGCAGAGGAUGUGACAUUCCUCGCACUCCCCAUAGACGAGCAGCUCCCGAAACGCCCAUUAGUAGCAUCAGCAGGACCGCUCCUCGUUCAAACAGCACAACGCUCAAUUCGUCAGUCAUUGGAAUCGGUGCUUCAGCAUUGGGUUCUGGUCGCCAACGUAACUUAAACCAAGUAUUAGCAAGUAGCGAAAUGCUCCGACUCGCCGGAGGCCCAGCACGUGGCUGGUAUCCGAAGCAACGACAAAACCGACCGUCGUCAGCGGAAAAUCUGGACAAACUACAUCCGCAGGGCAGCUUGCGUGCGUGGGAUACAGCGACAUCAACUGGUACGGGAAGUCGAAAACCGCUCACUUUGCCACCAAAUCUCACACCUCCCAAAUUUUUCAACUCAAAAUCACCUCGAGAUGCACUCCGACGUGUCACUAGCUUAUUAAUUCGAAAAGGAAAUACGGUUAAAGAGAAGGAAAACAAGGGAAGAGAUUAUCGAGAAGGUUACAUGCAUCAUCAAUCGCCGAGCGUUGGAGAUGACACAAGAUCCAAGGACAGCCAAAAGAAGAAAGGUUUCUUCCGGAACUUUUGGAAAAAGUCAAAACACUACUCACUCGAUCAACAUCAAUAAGAUUACGGUUUCCGUUUUUGCUGUUUUCAUAGUUCUACACCGCAAUAAUUUAAUGUUUAAUUAAAUUUUCGAAUAAUUUUCUCUUAAUUAAUUUUGAAUUGUUGACAAAAAUUAAUGAAACGAGAAAAAAAAGUGAAAGAAGAAAAUUAAGGAACAGCAAAGACGAAGCUAGUUUUUAAGAUUUAGAUUUAAAUCUUAGUUAGAACGUUAGAAAAUAAUUUGGAAGGUACUUCAUUAAUUAAUUGAAAAUUUCAACAUUUAACGUACUUAAAAAAAAAAUAAUAAAAAUAGUUAACUCACAACCAAUAUACAUAAAAAAUAGAGCAACAUAUAAAGUGCCAUCUAUUGAUGUCCCCGAAAAAUCCACAGCGCCAUCUGUUGCUUGAAUAUUAAAACUAAAAUAAUUGUUGACCUUAAAAAAUUGAAUAGAGUUUAGUGGACCCAAAAAAAAAACAUUAAAAAUAAAGAUAAUAACAAAAAAUUCACUACGAAUUAUAACAGCCUAAAAAAAUAUCUAGUUCAAUGUUUAGUUUAUAGAAUAUACCAAUGAAUUAUUCAGGUAAUGAAGAGGCUUCUAAUAAACAACUAAGCUAUUUUGAAUACAUUUAACUAAACUAUAUAACAAUUAUUACUACAAAAAAUACUGAAAACUGUGUUUUUUAGGUAUCUAAAUGGGUAAAAAUAUCAUUAUCGUGAAUUAGAGCUUGGAUCCUAAAUAACAAUUUUAAAGAAAAACUCGAAAUUUUAGUCCAUCCUAUAUACAAAACAAAGAAAAAACACGCAAACUAGUUACCAAUUGGCACCAAAAUCAUCUUCAUCGACAAAAAUGCACAACAUUCCAUUUUAUUAAUAUCGACGUCUAAACUACUUUUUAGAUAGAAAUUCGUUGUGUCAUCGCUAAUUAGCAAU